AUGAGUAUAUCAGUCUCCAAAGUUGUAGUAUCAUCACUUUGUAUGAUAUUGGGCCUACGCAUUUGUUUCAAGUUCAAUGUUUGUGUGAGUGAAGAUGGAAUUUUUCCACCUCUGAAAGUAACAGUCACAAUUAUUAACAAUUUGAGCGGCGGCAAGCAGCUUACGGUUCAUUGCAAGGACAAGAAGAAUGAUUUUGGAUUCAAAGAACUUCAAGUUGGUCAGAAUUGGAGUUUCAUCUUUCCUCCUUGGUUCACAUCAUUGUACUUCUGCUCCUUUGCAUGGUCAACAGGAUUUCACUACUUUGAUAUUUAUGUUCAUAAUCGUGACAUAUAUAGAUGCAAACAUUGUAUUUGGGAAUUCCCAUAUGUUAUCAUUGGAAAAGUUAAUAAAAAUAAUAAUCAUGGCAUGUGA